AGCCCCAUUAGUGUCUCUUCAUCUCAGAGCCAUGGCCGCUUUCUGAAGGGUGUGUUUUUCACUUUCUGUUAUGUUUGUGAUCUUGGACAUGAAUCCUGCAGGGAUGGUCACUCCAUCAAGGUGCAGCUCAUUGCCCAGCUGCUUCCCAGCCUUAAUCCUUUGGCAUCUUAAAAAUGAACGGGAAAAGCUUCACAGCCAGCCUGGAGAAACAGCUUAAGUGUUCAAGCAGCGAGAAGAGGCAGUGUCUUUCAAGUAGAUGGUUUUUGAAAUUAAAGGUACUUGAACAGGGAAGCAGCCCUGGGAACAAUCUCCUUGAAGCUGGGAGGCAGCACUGGUAGGGAAUCCCACAGCCCUGGAAAUGGGAAGAGAGGCAUUUACCUGGCAUCACCCCGAGGUGAAGUGGAAAGGGAAGGACCUGUUUGAUCUGGUGUGCAGGACACUGGGACUGCGGGAAACCUGGUUCUUCGGGCUGCAGUACACCAUCAAGGACACGGUGGCCUGGCUCAAAAUGGACAAGAAGGUCCUGGAUCAUGAUGUCCCCACAGAGGAGCCCAAAACCUUUCACUUCCUGGCCAAAUUUUAUCCUGAGAAUGCAGAGGAGGAGUUGGUCCAGGAAAUCACCCAGCACUUGUUCUUCCUGCAGGUGAAGAAGCAGAUUUUGGAUGAGAAGAUCUUCUGUCCUCCCGAAGCCUCUGUCCUGCUGGCCUCUUACGCUGUCCAAGCCAAGUACGGCGACUACGAUCCCAACGUCCACAAGAGAGGCUUCCUGGCACAGGAGGAAUUGCUUCCCAAGCGGGUAAUAAACCUGUACCAGAUGACUCCAGAGAUGUGGGAGGAAAGGAUAACAGCCUGGUACGCAGAGCACCGGGGCAGAGCGAGAGAUGAAGCUGAAAUGGAGUAUCUGAAGAUAGCCCAGGACCUGGAGAUGUAUGGUGUGAACUACUUCGCCAUCAGGAAUAAAAAGGGCACAGAGCUGCUCCUUGGAGUUGAUGCCUUGGGUCUUCACAUUUAUGACCCGGACAACAGGUUGACCCCUAAAAUCUCCUUCCCGUGGAACGAGAUCCGGAAUAUCUCCUACAGUGAUAAAGAGUUUACGAUUAAGCCAUUGGACAAAAAGAUUGAUGUUUUUAAAUUCAAUUCAUCAAAGCUGCGUGUGAAUAAGCUGAUUCUUCAGCUGUGCAUUGGGAACCACGACCUCUUCAUGAGGAGGAGGAAGGCAGACUCGUUGGAGGUGCAGCAGAUGAAAGCACAGGCCAGGGAGGAGAAGGCCAGGAAGCAGAUGGAACGACAGUGCCUGGCACGAGAGAAGCAAAUGAGAGAAGAGGCUGAGAGGACCAGGGAUGAGCUGGAGAGGAGGUUGAUGCAGCUGAAGGAGGAGGCAACGAUGGCCAACGAGGCUCUGAUGAGGUCGGAGGAGACGGCGGAUUUGCUGGCGGAGAAGGCGCAGAUCACAGAGGAGGAGGCCAAGCUCCUGGCUCAGAAGGCGGCCGAGGCUGAGCAGGAGAUGCAGCGCAUCAAGGCCACGGCCAUCCGGACCGAGGAGGAGAAGAGGCUGAUGGAGCAGAAAGUGCUCGAGGCAGAGAUGUUGGCACUGAAAAUGGCCGAGGAGUCAGAGAGGAGGGCAAAGGAGGCUGAUCAGCUCAAGCAGGACCUGCAGGAGGCUCGUGAGUCGGAACGCAGGGCGAAGCAGAAGCUCUUGGAGAUCACCAGCAAGUCUUCCUACACAUCCAUGAACUCAAGUACCACAGCACUGCCCACUGACCUGCCAAGCUUCAACCUCAUCAGCGAGAGCCUCUCCUUCGACUUCAAGGAUACAGACAUGAAGAGGCUGUCCAUGGAAAUCGAGAAGGAGAAGGUGGAGUACAUGGAGAAGAGCAAGCACCUGCAGGAGCAGCUCAACGAGCUGAAGACAGAAAUUGAGGCACUGAAGCUCAAGGAGAGAGAGACAGCUCUGGAUAUUUUGCACAAUGAGAACUCCAGCCGGGGAAACAGCAAGCACAACACUAUUAAAAAGCUCACCCUGCAGAGCACCAAGUCCCGUGUGGCCUUCUUCGAGGAGCUCUAGGAAACAACUGCUCCGCACCGCUGCUGCUUCCCAAGGGCUCUGCCCAGCCGGGGAUCACCCCGGACCCCGCCGGCUGCUCCAGCCUCCCUGCACACCCACGGACUCGGGGCUGGCUGCCCACGGACUGUGUGAUGUUCUCUAGCUUAGCAGCCGCUCAUCCUCCUCCUGACACUUCGUUUUCCUUGGGUUUCCAGCUUUUUUUCCUUAUUUUUCUAGCAUUGCUUCCAGGCUCGGCCCUCCAGGCUUUUCCCUGGAGCCGGGGUCGAGGCUGUGGCCGUGCCUUCCCACCCUGGCAGCCAAGAGAGGAGUGUGCCCGAGGGUCUCCCUCUGCUGGGAGGUGUUGUCACCCCUCUGGAUUGCCUUCUCCUGCCGGCUCUGGAGCCCCCUGUGCCGGUCUGGAGCUCCAGGUGCCGGCCCUGGAUGCUCUGCUGGGCUCCGGAGCCCCGAGCAGGCGGCGGUGCCGGGAGCUCCAUUAGGAUCCCGAGCAUGUUCCAGUGGAGUGCUGUAAAUCAGGAACGUCGUGCUGGCUCUCCCAGCUGCGGUGGGAGAGGAGCAGGGAGUGGGAGGACAGGGACCUGGGGCUGGGGGGAUCCUGGGCUGCUUCCCUGGGGACAGGAGGUGGGAGGAAGGGCUCCUCCUCUUCCUCCUCCUCCCUGCUGGGAACAGGGAGCGGGAGGACAGCUAGUGCCAACCAAAUGAAACCUUAUUGUUCCUGCAAACUGUGACCAAGCUGGGCAGCUUCAGGCUGGGGGGAUCCAGGGGCUCCGGGCUGGGCUUUCCCUGGGUCCCGGGGCAUCCCAGCCCCUCGGAGCCGCCCGGGAAUGCCGGGCUGGGCCCGGGGCUGCCUGCUCCUGCCUGUCCCAUCGCGGGUGCCUUUGCUCUGACCCCCCCGCGGGGGGAACAGGGAUGCCCUGACCUCCCCUUCCAGUCUCCAUCCCAAAUCCUGUGCACCUUUCAGCUGGAAUCCUCUUCCAGCAGCGUUUACCCUCCAGCAAAGCCGGUGCUGCCCCGGGGAUCCCUCACAUCCCCUCAGGACCCCCAAUUCCUCACCUGCCCCACAGCCACAGCAGAAGCUCAGCCGGGGCUUGGCGUGGAGUGAAUCCCAUCCCAAGCCCGUUUAUUGAAAGCCUGGGAUCGAUUCCCCGCACGUGGCUGCGGUUCGGAUGGCUGUGGCCUGGCACAGCCGCUUUCCCAUUCCCUGGACUGUUGUACUCCGAAGGAAUAACUGUUUUCUCCUGUUUUAAUAAAAAUUCACAGCACUAAGAGGGGAGCUGAGGCUUCUUUGCUGAUUUUUCUUUGGGAAAAACUGCUCCGAGCGCGGCUGCCGCAGUUGGCGGUGCCGGGAUUAAUGGGAAGCACAGCUGCAGUGCUGGGAUCCCUCCGGCAGCUCCCGUGGGAUCGGGAGGGCUCCAGGGUCCCCCUGUCCCGGAUCCCUCGGGGCUCUUCUCAUCCCUCCUUGAGGGAAGAGAGCUUUGGAGUGCCCAGAGGGGCUGAGCCCCUUGUUUGCCGUCCCUGACGCUUCCUGAUCCCGUCCUGCCUGGAAUAAAUAAAGGAUGUGCUGCAUUG